AUUUUUGCCUUUAAGGAUGAUUCUUAUUUAUGCACUGCGAUGCCAUUAGACGUAACUACAGAGCAUUAUUUGCUGAGCUUCAAGCCAUAUGCAUCAAUGAAUAAAGCACAUCAUAUGCUAUUAUUUGGAUGUGAUGAACCAGGAAGUGACGAACUAAUAUGGGAUUGUGGCGAAAUGACAAAAGCAGGUCCGAAUUUUGAGCGGCAACCAUCAUGCAAAGGUCGACCGAAUAUUUUAUAUGCAUGGGGACGUGAUGCUCCUAAAUUGACUUUGCCCCAAGGAGUUGGCUUUAAAGUCGGAGGCGACACCGAUAUCAAGUACCUCGUCCUUCAAGUUCAUUAUAUGAAGAAAAUUGAAACGGAUUAUUCUGGAGUGGCUAUCGAAUCCACUAUUGAACCAGUGGAAAAAGUUGCAAAUACGUUAUUAAUGGUCACUGGAGGAAUAUUGCCACCUAAGCAGCAAGAAACGUUCGAGACGGCUUGUAUCAUUGAUGAGGAUGUUGAACUUCACCCAUUUGCUUUUCGAACUCAUGCCCAUCGUCAUGGAGUAAAGAUUAGCGGUUGGAUUGUGCAUGAAGACGAAGAAGGAAAGGAUAAAUGGGAACUGAUCGGUGAACGCGACCCAUUAUUACCUCAAAAUUUCCAACCUGUCAACAACACUAAUUUGGUCAUUCGACAAGGAGAUAUAGUUGCUGCCAGAUGUGUUAUGAAUAACAAAGAAAACAAAGCUUUUAUGAUGGGAAAUACCGGUGAAGAUGAAAUGUGUAAUUAUUAUUUAAUGUACUGGGUUUACGAAAAAUUUAGGGACAAUGUCUGCUAUUCGCCAGGUGCACCUGAAUAUCGUUUCUCCACUAAUGCAGGUCUUAAUCACAUUCCAAAAAUUUAA